GCGGGAAGAGAAGAGCAGGGUCUGAACUCUGCAGGAAGAAAUGGAGGUUGCAGUGGACAGAGUAGACUACAAGCACGACAAAACGGAGACUGUUCUGUAGAGACACUUUUUUGCAGGAUUGGAAACUCAUCUAGUCGCUUCUCGACGACAUGUUUUCCGAUGGCCGCAUCUCCGAUCUCACCGCCGUCCACAAGAUCUGAUCCAUUAUGGAUCAAUGUCAGAAGGAAGGCCAUAUCGUAGAGCCUUACCUGGAACGCAUGGUUUCCCCUUUGAUGUUUUUCGUUAGAUCCAAAACGAUCGCACUAUGUGCCGAUUCUGAUCUAGAGCUCGCGGUAUCUCUCCUGAGAACACGGCUUCGCUCACGUUAUUGCAGCAGGAAAGUACUGUUAAGGAUACUAGCGUUUUCUAAGAAUUACCUUUCAAAUUCCGGCCCUAUGCGCACAAUGGCGGCCUUAGUUCUCUCCAGGCUUCUAACUCACCUGAUAUGCCUUAAGGCUUUUACCAGAAUAGAUUAUGUCAUCAAUCAUUUCUGGUUACUUGGUGCCAUGGAAGAACUUGCUGCUGUUUUUGAGCUAGAAUGGCAGCAGGAAAUUGCUGCUGGAGGUGGUGCUGAGUUUUUGGCAUGAUGUCUCUGCGAUUAUAAAAGCAGGUACUGCAGCUAUUAGUUCUCUGCAUUGCAAGUUUUUGGUAGAGUUAACUGAGCGAAUUGGACUUGCCUCCCUCAUCGCAACCCAUUCCUUGCAUUAUGCAGUCAGUAUUGUUAAAUCUUCAAUUUUUGAAUUCUGAAAAGUUGAAAGUUUCUUGAGAGGAACCAUAGAGGUCUUUUGUGUGUGCUCUAUUGCUUACUAUAUGAGAAUCCACUUGACCUUCUCUUUUAGUUUCUUAUGUUCAGGAGCAUUUUUCUUGUGAAACUAGCAUUUUCAAGUGUGCUCACGUCAAAGAGAAAUAUAAGCAUUUUUCUUGUGAAACUUGCAUUCUCUGUUUGUUGAUGCUUUCCAUGCAGCAGAACCAGCUCACUUGGAGAGAAUAUUUCUGUGAAUGCAACCAACAGAAAUUAUCAAUUAAAUUAUAGUCCGGCUCUUGACAACUCCAAGUUGGAAUUGAGUACCGAGUACCUUAAAGAUGAUGAUGUGGAUGUUCCAGAGAUUUUGGAAGAGAUUAUUGAGAUGUUACUUUCACGUUUGAAAGACAUGAUAUGUGUUCAGGAUCGGUUUGUGCAUUGGCCUGCCACAAAGGGUAUUGGUCAUGUGACUUCACAUGUUACAUCUAGUCUCCCAGAGGAGGUCUUGUCAUCUGUAUUGGAGCUGUUUUCACCAAGCAAGAAUUUUCUGGGGAGAAUGUUCAUGGCAUGAUGGCUGCUUGGCAUUGGUUUUAAUUGACAUGUAGAGGCUUGCUAUUACGAAGAAGUUUUCCCAAAGUUCUGUCUCCCCCUUUUGAAGGGCAUUACAUUAUGAUAUUCAAAUAGGUCCACAUAAUGUUGGAUCUCAUGAAGUUGAUGCCACUGCCUCUCGGUUCUCCAGCACCAGCAGUACAAGUGUUGUGAUAGGGCAAUUAUGCCCACCCUAAAGACGAUGGAGAUCCUUUUCAGCAAGAAUAUAUUAUUGACCAUGGAGAUCUGUAAAGCUUCAGCUGUACAAGUUUAUCUAAUGCUCUGGCAAAAUGGAAGUCUUGUGAUGGAGGACAACAUGGAGAAAGCACUUGAAAUUAUUUCUGAAACUUUUAGGAUGGUGACGUAGAAACAGCAAACCAGCAAGAGUUGGAAUUGUAUGCCACAGCUGGUCCUGGCACUGGGCCAUCGAAGGCCGGUAACAAGGGUAUCAAUGAACGAUGGUGACAGGAAGCUCGCAACAGCAGAUAAGAAUGCAUCUUAAUCUUCUUCGGUCAUUAUCCGGCUCCUUAUUGCCUGAAUUGAGUAAGGUUAGUUAUCUGCUCUAUAGUUUUCAAGUUUGAAUUUACUCAGCUAUACUUCGUCAAAAUUAAAAUAGGGAAAAUUUA